AUGUCUUCUAAAAGCAAAAAAUACGAAAGUUUGAAUCGUUAUAAACGAUUGCCAAAUACAGGAUCGUCACCUGUAACAAUAGGAAAACCCAUAGAUCCUCAACCAAUUACAUCAUCUCCUACUAAGCAUAGCAUUUUCUCACCUACCAAUUCACCAGUGAAGAGAAAACCAUCUUAUAAGAGACUGAAAGUCAUUGUACAUAGUGAUGAUCUGCAUCUCUUUGAGUCGAAUUCACCCAAAAAACAUGGAAGCUAUUUAGAAAUGUCUUCGCCAGUGAAGGCAAGUAAAGCAUUUGACUUAAUUGAUGUGAAAGCACUUGAAAAAUCAACACCGAGUCCAGAAAAGACGCGUAAGCCUGCGAUGUCCAAGUCAGAUGAAUUUAAAAUUGAAGGCUUAAUUGAAGUCAGUGAUGAUGACGACGAUGAUGAUGGGGGUAAAUCUUCCAAAACAACGGGAUUGUCUUCAUUUGUUGAAAAACUUGAUCCUAAAAACCUUCUUCAUUCAUUGGAAGAACAUAAUAAAGACAAAUAUAAGGACGUACUCCAGAAAUACAAGAGGUAUAAUAUUCCAAAACCAAUUAAAUACAAAUCGAAGUUAUUGGAAAGAGCAGAUAAGCAUAUGAAGGUCAUUAGGAAAAUUCUAGAGCAAAAACAAGAACCUUCUUCGUAUUAUUACCUUGCACGAAAACAAUGUUAUAAAUCCAAGCAUGAAACUAUGUCGGCACAAGAGAAAUGGUCUAUUGAAUGGGAAUCAUAUUUUGGCGGUUAUUACGGUUUUCAACGUCAAUCUAUAAUAGGAAGUUACAUUUUAGAAAAAUAUGAAAACAAGCUACUCAAGUUUAGUAAUGGAAACAAAACAGUGAGUUAUUGGACAGUACCCCAGUUUUCAACCUACGUGCUAGCAAAUGAGAUUAUUAUUCGAAUGAUUAUGGAAGACAUGAAUAUGGAUUUUAAAGAAGCUGAAACAUUUUGUCAGAAGACUACAGAUUACGGGACAAUGGUCGCAGAUGCGAUAGAAGUUGUGAAUGAGGAAUAUCAUGAGAGUGAAUCUGAAACUAAUCCAGAUGAUAGCGAUGUAAUUCUUGUUCCUAGUAAGAAGAGGAAAGUAUAG